AUUGCUAUUACCAUUAGCUGCUUUUCAAGUUCAAGUCCAAGUCCAACCUAAACCCAUACAUUGCUUGAUAAAUACAUAAAGUCAGCUACUACAGCAAUGUCGUGGGCAAAGUUGGCAUCUCCUACAGCGACUCUACCUGCUGUUGCUGCAACUCUAGAAGAAGGUUUUUUUGGAAUGACUGCACCAUCUGCUGUUGAAGCAGAUUUCACAAAACCUACUCUCAAAGUAGCCAGUGUAUCCUUGUCAGAUACUUCUUCUUCAGACACUUUACAUACCUUGCAUACUUUUGAGCCUACUAUUUCCGCAGAAUCAGCUAAUGACCUAGUAGCAGAUGAUGACGAGUCAUGUCUUGAGGAAGGAGAAAUUCGUGAGGAAAAGGUGGAUAGUCCUGCAAGCACUAAUUUCAAACCAAAGGAAGAAUCGGAAAAGCCAUUUGUUCCUGCUCCACCACCAACAGUCAAUAUAUGGGCUGUCCGACUUGAAAAACAGCAGCUUCAAGGUCAACCUUCCCCUGCUGGUAGUCGUUCUGAACCACAGCCAGUCAGUAGUACUACUGGAUCCAGUAUCACCAGUGUACCAUCUACUCGAAAACAACGAUCAACUAUAGGACGAGAAACUCCAUCUGAAAAAAAGAAUGUCGUGUCUGAAAAUUCCACAUCAGGCAGCAGUAACAAGUCUUCCACUGUCGAUCAGGAUGGUUUUGUUGCAGUAACCAACAGAAAAUCGUUUCAGUCAAAAUCUUCAAAUACCAAACUUGCAUCUUCUGGUGGAUCUGGUGCUGUUCGUAAACACGCACCAAAAGCAUCUUCCGCUAAACCAAAAACCGCCAUCGCAUCUUCUACAUCAACGGCUGUUUCAGCACCAUCUGCUUCCCUGACUGCCCAUCCUACUCUAGCGACAUCCACUCCUGUUCUUGGUACCGAAUCAAUUUCCACUGCAGUUAUUGCACCUGCAGAUGAUGCUGCUACAAUAAGUAAACGCGAAGCUGCCAAGAUUGUGCAAACUGCUGCUCGUAGUGUGAACUUGUUGGAAAAGCAAAAUAUGCCUGAGCCAGCUUCAAAUAAAAUUAUCCUGGAUUCAUGGCCCACUCUCAAUGACUCGAUCACAGCUGCCUCGGAUGAAUCAGCUGGAUCUGUUGCUUCAGGGAGUGCAAGUAGUUUGCAUGAUCAGCAACCCACCUCUUCAUCGACUUCAUCUGCCUCUACUAUCGUUGCAGGAAAACGUCAAGGAUGGUCAAAAUUAGAUGUUCAGAUCUGCUUCAAUGCUGCUCCCUCGUCCAUGGGACGUGCUUCCGGCUCCAAAUCUGCUAGUCGAUCUGGUGGCUUUGAAAAGCGAGACGCUGGUCAUAGGGGAAAUGGACAUCGACAUGAAAAACAAGAUGUCCAUGCAUCUGCUGAUACUAUGGCCAGUAAGUCACUCAAAGACUCACAUUCUAGAUCACGAUCAGCUCAGACUUUCAAAACUGGUGCUGAUGAACGGUCUCGUUCUGGAUCAGUUGUGUCUGCUUCUUCAUACGCUUCACAAGCUAUCACUACCCAUACAACGACUGAUUUGACUUCUCAGCAACCGGUGAAUACCAACAAUUCGAAUCAUAGCCAAGGCGGAGCCCGAAAUAGUGGAUCUCGUCAACAUCGUUCUGCAGCCCGUGGUCAGCGUGCAUCUUCUACGCAAACCUUGUCUGCAGCGACUACAUCGUCAUCUAGUGGCCGCCAAUUCCGCAACGCAGGAUCAAAUGCCAACGCGCAGCGUCAUGGAAACAAUUCAUACAGCCGCAAUAAUCGCACUGAAAACUAUAACAUGUACUAUCCUGGUACACCUGUAGACCCCAGUAGUGUGGAUCUUCCCACAAUUACAUGGCUGGUUCGUACACAGGUAGAAUACUACUUCUCUGUUGAGAAUUUGUGUCGCGAUGUUUAUUUUCGUAGCAAAAUGGAUAGUGAAACCGGCACCGUUCCUAUUAGUGUUAUUUCCGGAUUCAACAGAGUUAAAUCCUUGGUUGCUGCCACAUAUUUCAAAUUACAUACACUGGAGCAGUCUCCUACUGUUGGUGCUAAUCAAGUAACAUCUACAUCUGAUGUCAAACUUGAGAGUACAAGUAAAGAUACAUUGACUGCUUAUCCAGUCACUAUAGACUAUAAUUCUCAAGAGUACAAUGAUUGGUCGGUAAAGUUUUUGAUUUCAGCUCUUGAAAACAGUGAAAUUGUCGAGGUAAUUACCGAUAAAGUGGACGAACCAUUGCUUCGCUGUCUUGAAAACUGGGCCAUGUGGGUGCUUCCUGCAAAUAUUCAGUUGCCCGUCACUUUCCUACCAACACAGCAUAAACCUAUGGACAAUGCUGCUGUUGAAACCUCGACUGCUUCUACCGAGGGUAUUGCAGUGGAGCCUCCUGCUCUUGUACCCACAGUUUCGACUCUACCUCAAUCUCUUGAUGUGACUGACAAAACCACCACGCCUUUACCCUCUCUCACAAUUUCCACAGCCGAUCAAUCUGAUGCAUCAAUUGUUCCCGAUUUGAAAACUGGCGAGGAUGAGGGUUGGUCAUCGGUUUCUCGUAAACGUCGUGGUAGCAAAGUUUCUUUUGCAGAUUCUUUUCCAGCGAGUGCUGCUUCACCGUCUCUUUCAUCUCCAGCCAUAAGAAGCGCUGCUGUCAAUUGCACUCAUAACGAUGACGAUUUGUUCGAGUUUGAUGACAACGAAGAUUGGGCCAAGCCUCCAGAGCGUGAUGUUCCCCGCAUUGAGCAUGAUCAUUUUGACGAGCUUGAGGACGACGACUUGGAUUCUCUGAUGAUUGUUACUCAGCGAUUUGGAGACUCUAGCUCCACAACUAUCAACGGAGCUACCAAGCCUAUAGCUAAUGGACACAGUAACACGAUGACUUCUGGAAGUGUUGGUACCAGUACAUCUUCAUCAGUGCAUGCUCGUCAAAACAUGCCUCCUCGCAAGCAUGCUACUACACCGUACAAUCGAUCCCACAACGAUUGUGAUAUUGUAGAUAUGAUUAAUGAAGGAUUGUUUAUGUAUGAACGAUCAGUGGCCAAGGGUACUUCAAAAAGCUCACUGCUUUCCCAAAGCAACGGAUUUGGACAACAAGGCAAGGUGGGAUCAAUCAAGAGUGAGGUGUUUACUUCGAUGCAAGAGUCGCUGAAAAGUACUUCACCUGCUCACAGUGUCCCUAAACCUGUCAGUAUCAAACCUCGCCGUAUGUAUGAGGGCUUCACUGCAUCUUCUCCUCCAGUUGGUUGGAUGAUGCAGUCUGUUACUGAUGCUGUUGCUGCGUUAUCGUCAUCUCCGCGUUUGGCUGCUUCGCCGCGCAUGUCUGUUUCGGCUUCUCGCUCAGUUGAACUCGUGGUUCCUGGAAAUCACUCUGUUGCUGCAACUCCAGCUUCGUUUAAAGAGUUUACUCCUUUCCAGCAUCCUAGUUACGAGCUGCUAAAAAAUAACGGAUUCGUACAGCAAAAAUACACUAAAUUCCAUGCCAAAGCCGUUCGUGAUCGCAAAACACGCGGUCCUGGACUUUCACAUGAGAUGAAUACCCUCUAUCGAUUUUGGUCCCAUUUCUUACGCGAACGCUACAACAGCAAAAUGCUGACAGAGUUUAAGCGUCUUGCUGUUGAGGAUGCCAAAGCAGGGUACCGCUAUGGCAUUGAAUGUUUAUUCCGAUUUUAUUCUUACGGUUUAGAGAAUUCAUUUCGCUCUGAUCUGUUUAAAGAAUUUCAAGUUCUUGUUCGUGACGACUAUUGUGUUACCAAGCAUAUUUACGGUCUUGAAAAGUUUUGGGCAUAUCUAUUUUAUCGCAAGGAUAAAGUUGAGCGUCCCAACAUUGAAGCCAACAUUUUACCUGAACUAAAGCAAGCCUUGUCACAGUUCAAAACUGCUGAUGAUUUCAAAAAAAUGCGUCCCCCUAGGCCUGAAAAACCUCAUUGGCAACACAGUAAUAGGAAUCAUGCUCACCAAGGCACUGGUAGCGGCUCAAUGCGUGAUGUGUCUAAACGUGGAUAAAGAUGAUCUUUUAUUCACAAUCAAGCCUACAUAUUUUGCAUUUCUACAGUUUAUAACCAUCACUUUGAUUUCUACAAUGAUUGUGUUACUGACUACUUUGCUCCAAUUACAGUUCUAUUCUCUCUGUUGGUUUCCUUUCAAUAUCUUUCUACUUGACACUUAAAUCCGCUUUUUUCUGAAUGGUUUUUAUUGAAUUCUUGUUUGACUUCAAAUAAAAAUGUAUUUUAGG